AUGGCCUCAGGUGGUCUAGUGGACAUUCACACGGCUUGUACUUCACGAGGAAACUUCAAUGUCCUAGGCGUGGUGGUUGAUACUCUUCCGCUCUAUCGGACCAGAGGCUCAUCGGCAUGCAUCACAUUUACCAUCAAAGACACCGAUUUUGAUGGACCAACCUGGCAAGGAGGUCUCAAAGUCAAAUACUUUAAUGAUGACGACAGCUGUCUUCCCAAUGUCCGAGUUAACGAUGUAGUUCUGCUACAUAACAUCAGGGUGACCAUCUAUCAAAAUAAGCCCACGGGAGUUGUAUCCCAGCAAGAUAGUGUUUUAUGGGCUGUUUUUCGACCCGAUCCCAACCCGAGUUCUAGCCCUUUCAUCACUUGUGGCCCGGUUCAUUGGGAGCCGACUUUGAAAGAAAAGGAUCAGGCUCAAUCACUCCUGGACCGCGUAUCUCCGGGGGUAUCCUCUGUGCAACCGACCACGUCGCGCAGUGCACCCGCCUUCACAAGACCUCAACAUGUUCAGGCUGCACCUUCGGCUACAAAGUAUGGAGGCUUGCCCUAUAUCAAUAUUGAAGCUGCCAAACCUCGCCUUCUAUGCCAAUUGCUGGGCCAAGUUGUGCAGCUCUACACCCUUGACAGCGAAAAGUGCACGCUACACAUGACUGAUUAUACUGCAAAUGGGGACCUAACCAAUCACAAAAAGCCCGGAGACGAUGAUGAGGACUCAGGACCCGAGGGCGACCGAUUCGGUUAUGUAUCGAAGAAGAAGGAUUGGCCAGGCCCAUGGGGCAAAUUGACCAUCCAAGUAACUUUAUGGGAGCCGCACGCGACCUAUGCCAGAGAACACCUCAAGCCGGGUGAUAUCGCUCUACUGACGUAUGUCCGUAUCAAAGAAACUCGUGGCUUGGAAGCUGCCGUUCACGAAGACAGGCGAGAUCCCGAGAAGAUCCACGUCCAUAUAGUUCAUGAUGAUAAUGACGAGCGUGUCCAAGCCCUAAUGGAACGUCGGGCGCAAUAUUGGAAAAUCCAUGGGGAACCUAAGGCAGAUACCAAAAAACCCAAAAAGCGUAAUAAGAAGGCCGAGCAGAAGAAGGAGGUUCGAAAAGAAGAAGGCCAGCUUUUGUUGCCAGCAGUGUCCCGAAUCAAGAUGAACCCCAAUGAACAAUGCUCCGGGGGUAUUGUCUAUCAAUUGCCCUUUCAAAACGUCAAUUAUCGCUCCCAACUUCGUGUUGUCGACUUCUUCCCCCCAAUGAUAGAGGACUUUGCUGUGCAGCGCAGUUCUUCUUCUCCUGUAUUCUCGGGUCAAAGUCAUGGCAGCAAUCCUAAAUAUGGCUGGGAAUGGCGAUUCUGCCUCCUCGUGGAGGGGGUCGAACCCAAAGCCUCCGAAGAACUCCCCCGACAGGUGACGAAGCUCUAUGUGUGCGGCCAGGAUGGCGAUUGUCUUCUGAACGAUGAUGCAAUUGAUCUCCGAAGUAAUUCGAAAAAAGCAACUGAGAUCAAAGAAAAGCUCUUCAUCCUAUGGGGCGAUCUCGAGGAAAAGAAAUCAAAAGCUAGGGCUUCUGGCCAACAAAGUUGGGGGCAAGUAAGAUCUCGCCCGUUCGAGUGCUGCAUCAAGGAAUACGGCGUGCGGUGCACCCAUAGCAAAGACCCCAAUGCUAUGGACAUCGAUGGCGAUGUGUGCAGCUACCCAGGCUGCUUUGGAUGGGAGAGACGUUUUGCUAUGUUCGGCACUACCAUCCACACAUGA